AACUUGAAGUAGUCGACAAAGACUCCUGCAGUAGUAAAAGGAAGCUCUCUAACGUAUGUAGAAAAGGUAAAAAACGAACUGAAAUGAAAACUAAGAGAAUAAAGGAAUAAAUAACCAAUAAUUGGUUUGUAUUUUAAGGACCUUAUGCGGCCGAUAAUCAACCAAUUGAGAGUGGAGAAUGGUGCUGCCGUAGCCUGGGUUGUUGAUCCACGCACGCACACAUGCACAUGGAUUUACAGCUCCAGUCUGAAGCGGAUCGAUAUCCCUUUCCGUUCUUUUUACGUCGGCUUUUUUUAACAAGGGAGUGAAGCAUCCUGGGAUUUAUCAUCGCUUCGUUAGCGCUGAACUACAGUGAGGCGCCCCCUCGCUUCGCUCUCUCACCUGUCCAUAACCUGUGUGCUGGUGUGUGGAUGUGUGUAUAUUCUGGUGCAUAAUUGUGUGUGUGUGUGUGUGUGUGUGUGUGAUUUUGGUUUGUUGUCCGCCAGAGGGAGUGUAGGUUAUAUUGCUUGUGUAUGCAUUUGAGUGCUGUGCCAGCUUUUAAUUAGUAGUAUGUGACUGAGUGAUUGUGUCUUCUCAUGCUUGUGGGUGCUUGUGCAUUAGUUAAUGUUUUAUGUUUGUGCAUGUAGAUAGGCUAGGUAUUGUGUGGGUACAUACUUAAGAUGCCCAGUAUUUCUUCUGCACCACAUCCCCUUCCUCGUACGUAUAUGCCCUCGUAUUAUUUGGCCGCCUGUUUGACCUCGUGAACAGAGACGAAAAGCUCCAGCAGGAUGAGCGAGCGUUCUGGUGCAAGCAGUCUAGCAGCCAUGACGCUGGAGGAGCCAGGGGCUGAACAGGCCUCUCCCAGAGCCCAGGGCCCUCUCCGCUGUGGCCCAUGUGCUGUGUGGCCUCGCCAGCAGACCUGGCUUUGUGCCGUGCCCCUGGUAAUGGGUUUUGUUGGACUGGGACUCAGUCUCAUGCUGCUGAAAUGGAUUGUUGUGGGAUCUGUCCAAGACUACGUCCCCACUGAUCUGGUGGAUCCCAAAGGUAGCAUUGGACAGGACCCUAUAUUUCUCUCCAAACCCAGUGCCAUGCCCAAGGGGCCCGACAUUUCCACAGCCACCACUACUUCAGCUGCCUCUACCACAGCAAUGGUGUCGACUACCACGCCGCUAGCUGCGGAUGGUACGGCCCCAGCGCCAAGAACUCGAUCAGGGCCACCGGCGAACCACUCAGCCAAUGGCAGCACUGCCAAUGGAGAUGGCAACCGCGCCCCACACCUUCACAACCGUGUUGGCACCCGUAUUAGUGGGACUGUGGUUACUACCUCCACCACUCGCGCCACCCGACUCCCCCCACCACCCAGUGGUAAGGAGGUCACCCCUCGCAGCACUGUCAGAAAAGGAAGCAGCACUGGUAGUGGACGUAACGGAGCCGCCAACUCAAAGCCAGGGCAGACCUCUGCCACCGUCACCACCACAGCAUCCACCACAACUACAGCUACUGUGAAGACCACCGCCAAGGCGCAGCCGACCACCUCGCAGCCGGCAACCCCGGUCAAGCCCACGUCACGCUGGAAUCACGGGCGCCCAGGCAAGGGCCCUGCCACACGCCCACACCACCGCUUCCGAACACGGCAUGUCAAGUGGAAAAGCAACUCACUCAGCAAAUCAUAUCACAAUAUUUUCAUCAUGUAUGGUACGGUGCUCAUAGUUUGUUUCAGUUGACAUUUCACUAAUUU